GGCGGACCAGUGUCCGAGACCGACCGGUAGCCUGCAGAGCACUGCAACGGGUUGUCUCGCCGUCGAUUCGUCUUCGCCGUUUUCUGGCGCGUGUAGUGCGCGCGCACACGUUCCUCGCGCACCGUCCGAAUAUCCGCGACCAAAAAUAUUUUCAUAUUUUAUUUGCCGGUCCGCGGCCACCGGGUGAAUUUUCCGCCUGGUCGUUCCGUUUUUUUUUUCGCGCCCGCCCGCGAUGGGCGUCUCGGUUUACCGCGAAGUGACGAUGACCACCACCACCACCGCGGCCGCCGCGACUGUCGCGUCGUCGUCGUCCGUCACCGCGACCGCCGCCAACAAGACGCCGUCGUCGAACGUGUUGAUGUGCCGCCAAUGGUGGAAAGUGUGUUGGAUGUACGGAGAUCAGGAAAAAUAUUACCGACAGCUGUACGGAGCGACGAAAAAGCAGUCGUCCUCGGCUUCGGCCUUUGGCAUCAACGGCGGCAGCGGCGGUGGCGGCAGGGCCACGGUCAUGGAACUCCAGCAAAUGUCCACCGUGUCUUUUGUGCCUCCGCCGCCCCGACCCAACGAUAGACAAGUGUGCCGGAACUGCAACUGUCCGCGGGACGACCACAGCAGCGGCGGCAGCACCGGUGGCAGCCACAACAACGACCACCACCGACCACCGACGAUCCCCGAAACGACUUCGUGCGGAGGAAGUGGUGCCGCGGCGAUAAUGUCGUCGUCGUCGCCGGCGGCGGCGGCAGCGGCAGCGGCGAUGGCCGGCGUCAAGCGGGGCACGCCCCCGCCACCGUUGCCACCGUUGCCCACGGGACCGCCGGGUUACGACCAAGCGAUCGGAGGUUACGAGAAGCUGCUGGCCGCCACAGCGGCCGUGGGCGCGACGGCCACGUCCACGGCGUCCGUGGCCACGGCCGCCGGCCGCAAAGACCCGUUGGCGGUCGCCGCGCUCCUCCACAACCACCACCUCCACCACCAUCCGCACCACCAUCAUGCCGCGGCUACGGCCACCGCGGGCGGAGGUGACCCGCAACAGCGGCACUCGCACUCCGACGACGAUUCCGGGUGCGCGCUGGAGGAGUACACGUGGGUGCCCGCCGGACUUAGACCAGAUCAGGUGCACUUGUUCUUCUCAGGAGUGCCCGAAGACAAAGUGCCGUACCUGAACUCGGCGGGCGAGCGGUACCGGGUAAGGCAGCUCCUGCAACAGUUGCCGCCACACGACAACGAGGUGCGGUACUGUCGGGGGCUGUCGGACGAAGAACGCAAAGAGUUGAGGCUGUUCAGCGCGCAGAGGAAACGCGACGCCCUGGGACGUGGCGUGGCGAAGCAGCUGGUCGCUGACGUACCUUGUGCGAACUGUCAAGAGACCCUGCAGCCCGGCGACAUGGCGGUGACGGCGAGCAGAGUCGGGUCGGGAGCGGCGUGGCAUCCGGCGUGCUUCACGUGCCGCGUGUGCAAAGAGAUACUCGUCGACCUUAUAUACUUCUACAAAGACGACCACGUGUACUGCGGUAGACAUCAUGCGGAAACGCUCAAGCCCAGGUGUUCGGCUUGUGAUGAGAUAAUCUUGGCUGACGAAUGUACGGAAGCAGAAGGUCGUGCUUGGCACAUGAAACACUUUGCGUGCUUGGAGUGCGACAAACAGCUCGGGGGCCAGAGGUACAUCAUGAGAGACGGCCGGCCUUACUGUCUGCAGUGUUUCGACGGCCUAUUUGCCGAGUACUGUGACUCUUGCGGCGACCCCAUAAGCGUGGACCACGGACAAAUGAGUCACGAAGGACAACACUGGCAUGCCACAGAACAGUGUUUCUGCUGUCACACGUGCCGGUCGUCGCUGCUCGGCAGACCGUUUUUGCCACGUCGGGGGGCCAUCUUCUGUUCGAUCGCCUGUAGCAAAGGCGAACCCCCGACGACAACGACAUCGCAAAGGCCCGAAUCGGAAAUGGCCGACGCUGCCGCCGCGCAAACGGCGCAGACGACGCCCGCGCAAACGCUGCAGCUGCAACCGGUUGCCGCCGCGCCCGACUCGCCGGCCGCCGGCGGAAGACGGACCGCAACCACCAGCGGAUUCGCGUCGCCUUCUCCGUCACAACAAUCGGCGUGCCGGUCACCGUUGAUGGGUCGUAGAGCUUUGCAGAACGCAAACAACAGCGGCGCGUCGUCCCCGUCGCCGACGCGCCACAUGCAACAGCGGGCAGCAGGCGACGGCAUACUGUCACCGCACGCUGGCCGACCGAACGCCGUGGCCGCCCGGCCGUCCGACCUGGACGUGCGACAGCGGCGGCGUCGCAACGACAUCGCCGUGGUAGAGUCCAGGCGAGUGCUCACCGUGUUGGACAGGGACGACGGUGGUGACGGUGAGUUGGCCACCGACGACGACGACGGUGGCAGACCUCGUGGCCACGGGUUUGCGGCUGCGUCGUCGGCUGUAGUCGCCGUCGACCGGACGGACGGCGGCCGGUUGGACGACACUCUUUACGAGUUGCAACGGCUGCUCAGCAACGGAAAACUGCCGCAGAGGUUCCUGGAGAAGCUCAUCUCUGACGAUGAGAUCACCGACCGGCUGCUGAACGAAUUUGAAAAACUCACCACCGCGGCCGCCGCCACUGCCACGGCUGCCGCCGUGGAACCAUCUCCGCCGUCCUCGUCAUCUUCGAGCCGCCGGCCCGUGGUCGACCGGAGACUGGCCGGCGCCGUGCCACCACCCGCCGCCAUCGUUGAGGCGCCAUCGCAGCCACGUCGCGCUUCAUCGUCAUCGUCCACGCCCGAGACGGUGGCCACGACCUCCGGCGGCCGAAGGUCCGUCCGUUUUGACGGCACCGCGUUGUCGUCAACAGACCCACCAGCUUCCGGACGCACCAGACGCCGACGACGGGAAGGCAGGAACAACCGGAGUCGGAGCCGGAGCCGGAAUAGCAGGCCAGUUCCGCCAUUGCCUCCACCACACGGUAACGACAACGGUAACGAUUCCUCCGCCGAGCACGGUUGCUGUUCUACGUGUUCGUCCAGUUCGGACAGCGAGCUCGACGAUCUGUCCGUGUACCGGUUACCGGCUCGCCGUCCUUACGGCCCGGGAGCCGGCGCUGCGGCCAGAAUCUCGUACGUGCCCAACGACGCCAUAGCAUACGCCAAGCAACAGGCCACCGCUCACCGGUCGCCCGGCAGGAGGACCGCGGCCGGUGGUCAGUCGCAACAGAACGUGCAGCAGCAACAGCAAUCGGUGGACGACAAGAACUGCGUCAUACAAUAGUGAAAUAUAAAUUGCAUACAACCUUACGUGUUUAUAUAAAAAAAAAAAAAACAAUAGUUCUACUGUUCUGCAAAUAGCAAAAGGAGACGAGUUACGAGUUCUAAGUGCCACGGCAUUUACCAUGACGGUAUUGAUAUCAUAGUCAUCUGUGAUGUCUUUCGAACAUUGUUUUAUAUGAUAAAUGUCAAUAAGUCGGUUUAGUGAUUAAUAUGACCCCGUCAGUCGUCCCUCGAUCAAAAUAUGCUGUACAGGGUGCAAAUCCUAAAUCCGCCUUGAAACUGCCCAACACUAAACCUUAAUAAUAUACUCGUAUUACACGACGUUUGUAUUUCUCUUACUGUAAAUCUACGGGUACCUAUAUAUAAUAAAGCGUACACAACAUUGGCUCGACUUGGGGUACAUUUGGGGGGGGGGGGGGUAGACUGUAGAAAACUGGAAAUCCAUCAGACAAAAGUAUAAACUAUUGCCGCGUCUCGGUAAAAUAUCUGGGAGGUAGUAGCCUCCCCCUUGCCCAACCCCUAGGUUGCGUCUAUGUGUGCACCAUAUAUUAUUUAGGUACACGCGCGUGUGUCUUCCACGAUAGUAUAUGUAUAUAAUAUAUGAUAUAUAAUAUGUUGUGCGUGUAUUUUAAUCAUAUACCUAUGUAAUAUAUGUACACAAAAAGUGUGCACAGACAAAAUGUUUGUUAUGUAUUAUAUGUUUAAUUGACGUGGUAAUGUGUUAUGUACUCCACUCGUGUAUAACAACAUGAUAUUGCGGUUGUAAUAAUUUUGUAAGUACUUGCCUAAUUUACAGAUUAAUUGUGAAUAAUAAAGUAAAUUAUUUAUGUUUGGAAAACCAAUAAAUGAAUGUGUUUUUUAAUC